AUGAGCCCCCGCCCCCUCCUCGCCCCGCUCUCACUGCUGGCCGCAUCGGCGCCUGGGCUGGCUUCGCUGCUGUGGCAGGCAGCGCAGGGCAGCUUCGUCGUGGGGGACCUCGACCCCGACGACGGGGUCUGUCCGGUGGUGGCCUACCCGCAGGCGCCGCCGUGCCCGAUCUGCCCGGCACUGGCGUGCCCGCCUUGCCCCGAGGUCGACUACCUCGGUUGGGCCCUCUCCGUCGUGAACGUGGUGGUGACGGCCAUGGCGCAGGUUGGAGAGUACAUUAUGAUUCGCUAUAACCUUGAAGAUGACGACGUGCCGCUUUACCACGAGGCCUUCAUCACGGGCGUGAAGGCAGGGCCGCCGAACGCUGUGACCAGAUACACGCCCAGCGGUGACCACUACGAGCUGGACCUCACUGCAGGGGACGAUAUCUACUCAGUGCAUUGGUUGGGAGACCAGGGGGCCUCUCAUCCAGGGACUCGGAAUGACAGGUGUUACCGCUUCGCACGGAAGCCGACCGCGGCGGCCGAGCGCGCCCUCAUCAGCGACAGCCUGAUCAUGCUGGGCGGCGUCGCGCAGCAGCGACCACCAGUCAGGCUGGCCGCGGCCCCUGGGGAGCAGGUCGGCGGCCUGGCCCGAGUCCCCGCGCAGCAGGCGGGUCCCGUUCCGCAGCGGACCCCGCCUGGGCGCGCGUGGGUCGUCGCCGAGGAUGUGGGCUCGCUGCGCCGUGGAGAGGUCGCCGUUGACCUGCACGCCGAGUCCCGGGUGUUGGGGAACAAAGCCGUGAUGCCGACGGCGGACGGUGACGUUGUUCUCGUGCGACAGAUCGGCCGCAAGGACCUGGACGAGUACAUUCAUGAUGAUUCGAGCGUCCUUCCAGUCCGUUUCGAUGGCACAGGUGAACUGAUCGCGCGGAGGCUCCAGCUCAUCGAGGACGCGCACGCUCACAAUGGAGCGGGCGGCGCUGCGGACUACAGCGCGGCCGGCCACUACAUGGGCUGGGAGUUGCCGCGGCGGCCAGCCGGGGCCGCGCUGGCAGAUUCUGACGACGCGGGCUGGAGGUCGGAGAAGAUGUGCGCCACCAAGCCCCACAUGGACGCCGUAUGUGCGCCGUUUUUCGUGGCCAAGAAGAGCGGCUACCUCCGUUUGGAGAUGGGCUGCCGCGUCAUCAACCUCCAUAUUCGGCCGCCCCCGCAUCUCGACAUGGGCACUGGGGGGCCCGGUCAAGGUGCGCUGGAAAUGCUAGAGGAGGACCCGCAUUUCCAGGAUGUCCCGAACGACAUGUUAGACAAGGCUUUGUGGCGAGGUGAUAUUUCCACGAGGAGGGCCGGCCUGCCGUCGGCCAAGGCGCGGAAGGCCAACAGGAAGCCGAAGGGCGCGCAGCAGGGCACCAUCUGCGAGACACCGGGCGCGAUCCUGCUCAAGGCGGCGAAGGCGCUUACGGGGCCCGCGGGCGCCGUCGUCUUCGAGGCCGCGGCACCUGCCCCUCCCAGCCGGCGCAGCAGCAGCAGCAGCAGCUCCUGCGGAGACGGAGGCGUCGACGAGCCCGGCGGCCUGGUCGGCGCGCUGCGCAAGGGCGCCUCGCUGCUGGCCCCUGUGCUGGGGAUCCCGGAGCCCGAGGAGUACGACGAGCACAACAUCUGGGGCAAGCACGACACUGAGGAGGCUCUGCGUGGGCGCUGGCGGGCCUUCAAGCAGGUCCGCGAGGCGGGCAUGUUGGGCCCUGCCGUGCGGGCGCGGAAGGAAAACUCCCGAUCCCCGCCGCGACCAGCUGGAGGAGGGAACGCAGGCGGGGACCGCGAGGCGGCGCCUGGCACAGAGGCGGCGCCCCAGUCUCCGAAGCACUCCCGGCUGAGCGCGCUGGCGGAGCUGGCGUCACGCCAGGACCCCGAGGCGGCGCAGGUGGACGACAAGACCGCGCGGAGCACCGCGCCCAGCACCCGGCCCAGCACCUGCUCGAGGGACUCGUCCGAGCCCCGGGGCCAGCGCAGGCUGGUCCUGCCCUCGCGGCCGAGCGCGGCGAGCGCACGGGCGACCGCGCGAGUGGCCGCGAAGGCGGGCCGGCUUGGUGCAGGGCACGCCGCCGCUGCGGCGCCCAGAGCUGCGUGAGCGGUGGAGCUCGAGCGGGCUUUCCGAGUUUGCGGAGCUCGGGUCACGGCUUUCUGCUCCCCCAACCGCCACCCUCGAUUUCGUUUCGAUCCGAUUUCCCGAUUCGAUGCUGACUGCUCCUGCCGUUCCCCUUCGGGGGCGCUCCUCGCGUCGUCCGUUCAUUCCACUCUGCCUCAGGCGCCGCCGAAUGUGCGCGCCAGGCUCAGUCCGCGGCGUUUUUCCCAGGCAAGGGCAUGCCUUCCUGUGCCGGCGCUUCGGUGGGUUGGCCGCGGCGUGGGCAGUUGGCAUCGGAGCGCUGGGUGCUCGCGGGAGCAGCCCGGCGCCCAGUGCCCUCCUGAUUGGCGGCGUGGCCGAGCCCCCUAAGGUGGAGAGAAA